GGUAGUUGCUUCUCAUUCAACGGUUGGCAAACAACUUGUGAACAAAGUCAGGAGAAAAAAGUUUUUAAAACUCAAAAAAAAAACUUUUUGCUCGAUGUUUAAUGAAACAAAUGAGACUUUAGCUACAGUUAACACCAGCUAAGUACACAAACAAAUUAAAAAAGAGAAGCUUUCGUCACUGUCAGGAAAUUACUAAGCCUCAAACGUAGGGUUUUCGAUUGACAACCUCAAUUAAUUGGCAACAAUGGAAUUAAGUUUUAUACCCUCAACAUAUGUUUCAUACCCACUCACAGCAAAUUGGUUCCAAAGCUCAUUUGUAAAUAAACAAACUUGUUUUUUAAUAAAAAAAAUGGCAGCACAGUCAGCAGCUCAUUUAACAACAAGCAAUGUUGACAAGCCAUCAAUAUUUGAGCUUGUCGCAUCCCAUUCUCUUGAUUCAACAUUCUAUCCAGCACUGAAAAGAAUUGCAACAUACUUAGGAACAAUCAACCCAGAACGUUAUGGCAAAAUAUUGAAACAUUAUGAUGAAAUAUUCUUAAUUUUGAAUGGAAUUGUGCAGAAUUAUUAUCUAAAGAAACAUGGUGGUUCAUUAUCGGAAUCGUUUUAUGGCCUUACACGUUACAAUCUGUCAAGUAAACAUUUUUCCAGACGUGAUCAUUUGAUGUCUCUUCUAAUUCUCGUCAUCAUUCCUUAUUUGUCUCGAAAAUUGGAGAUAAAAAUGACAAAACUUAAGGAAAAGUUACAAGAUGAAAUAUCUACUGAAGAUAAAUAUAAAUUGUUGGGACUUUAUAGCUAUCGAUCAAUGAAAGCUUCAUUUGAAUUCGCACAAAUCAUUAAAUACAUUAUGUACCUGUCUGGAUUCUCAUCAACACAUUCAAUUCAGUUAAUGGUCGCACGAAUUGGUUUGAGACAUUCUUCAUAUCAAGAAGAAUCAUUUAAAUUAUCAGAUAUCUUCAGUGGUAACGUUAAAUUGUCAACAAUUCUUAGUUCUCUGAUGCUUCGAGGAUUAGAAUUUGGUGGAUUUUUUUUGCAAUUCAUCCAGUGGUGGCAAGACAGCUCAACAUCUCAAAAAUCAAUUGCUCAACUUCCAAUUCCUGACCCUCCGAUUCUUGAUCAAAUCGCCAACAAGUACAUAAACAUUUGUCCAAUAUGUCUUCAAAAUUUUUUAAUUCCUACAACUUUACAAAUCUCUGGUUACGUUUUCUGUUAUAAAUGUAUAACUAAACAUUUGAAAAAACAUCAGUAUUGUCCUGUUACCAACUAUCCAGCAACAAUGGAUGAUUUGAUAAGAAUAUACGAUAGUUAA